AUGAAAGUGGUGAUUUUGAACGGAAAGGGUGAAUCUGUGAACAAACUGCCUGGUGACAGAAGAAGACUGUUGGUAGAGUUAAAGGUCAUUUGGCAUGGUAAGAGAUAAAUGCUUUACAUUGUAAGGAGAAGUACAUGAUUUGUGGCGGGCUCGUAGUAUGCAUUGCUGGCUGCUCGUAGCAAUGAGCUUUCCUCUUUUUUAAUCAAGCAUUGACUCAUAAAACUGCAACAAAAAAUUAGGUCUCCAUUUGCACAAAAUACCUCUCUCAGGAGUUAAGAAAUUUGUUUUUACACUUGUUAGUUUUACUUGUUUGUUAUUGCUUUUGUUUCUAAUGUUACUGUUACUGUUUUUUUUUACCAUUAUUAGAUAACACUCUUUAGAUUUUAGGACGAGGACGACAUUUGAUUUUCAGUUUUCCCGCCUGUUCUCUAAAAAUAGACACGUCGGAAAGCUUUAUUGUACUUUUUUUUAACCACAAAAGUUAGCAGGCUUAUUUCCGUUGAAGGAGGUUAAGCCCUCUCCUGAUCGCUAAAUCAUAAAAUUCCUAACAUUUGAUAACCUGUUUUUGCCACUACGACAUCCUCCCUACGGCAACGGCAGCGAAAACGUCAGUUUUAAAUUGAAUUCCCGUUUUCUAAAUGUUUGUCGCGUUUAUUCCAAUUUGCUGAUAAUGGCAAGUGUAGGCGAAUUUCCCUGGAGUUGAUUUCUUGAGGACCGCACUCAACUUAAGAGAGAGAAAAAGAGAUUCGUCGUCGCUUGUUUACUUCCUCCAUAAAACUUGCAAUUAGGCAUUUUCACGUCGUAGUCAUGCAAGGACGGUAAAGAAAUGUACAAAAAUGCGUGAUGCACGUGCAAAGUUGUUGUUUUGCGUAAUAAACCUAUUGCUUUUUUUGACGUCCUGGUUGCCGUCGCCGUCGUAGUUGCUAAAGCUCCCUAGCAGAAUGACCACGGCUACCACAUUUUCCCGUCAAAAUGUUGGUUCACGCGCGCACCACUUAGUAUUGGGAAAAUCUCGUUGUCGUAGUCGUCCUCAUCUUAGAAUCUAAAGCUCUGUAUUUUGAUCUUAUAAGGAUCGUUACUGUUAUUUAUUUAUGUAUUUUUUGCAGAAAUCGAAGUGACAAAGAUGGAGAUAAAGUAAUCGCUAAUCAUGUCUGUGAACAUGGGGGAAAGAGCUGGCCUUACUGGUUCAGAAAAAUGGGUAACUGAGGGCGCUUUCCAUUUGUCAGAACUGACCGGCCAAAGCAUUCCCAACGCAAUGAGAAUUUCCAUUUUAAUCAAAUCUCUCCAGCCAGAUCAGUCAAAUCCUAAGUAGUAUGCACCAAGGAAAUGGUUGUUUAGCAAAACUCUUGGAAAAAGCGUAUUUCAUUAUCAAACCGACUAGUCGGGCAAUGGUCCAGCCGGCCAGUUCUGACAAAUGGAAAACGCCCUGAGUCUGCUGCAAUGAGAUUUAGUGUUUUAAUCCAGUGGAUAGGGUUAUCCAGUGUUUGAACAACUGGGGCCAGUUGAAAACAGUGUUUGAAUUUACCUGUUCUUGCUGUCAUUUCAGAAAAUAUUACCCUCCUUGGCCCCCACACUCUUCAGCUUCAAGUGUUACUGAGUGACAGUUCAACUGCACCAUCAAUUAAGAGUCUUCCAGUCCAUCGUAUCAAGUUUACCGUUACAGGUUUGUAAAAAAUGACCAGCCUGGGACAGUUUUAGGUUGCUCUUACGCUAGAUGUGAUUUUUCUGGAUUCGUGACGAUUGCGAACAAUUUGGUUCCAGAUUCGUUUUGAAUGGGAACAUUGUAUUUUUGAUCCACCCUGUUAAAAUAACUCGUACAUCUUUUGUUAUCUUGUUUCUCCUUUGUCAUUUUUGUUUAUUUAGAGGAUCAUCCAAACAAAUUCACUGUUGGAAUGUUGGAGACACCUCUUAGAGUUGGAGUUCCUUUCCAGGUAUACGUUUUUGUUUCACCCCCCCGCCUCUCCACCCCGUUCGUGAGAGGAUGUAGCUCCCUUCGGGGGUGGGGGGGGGGGGCACUUCCCCUGGAUGGGGUCGCAUUUCCACGACUGGGUUGACUAUAAUUGGGAAUAAUGGCUUUGCAUUUUCCGAAGAGUUACUAGAAUUGGGUCUCAGGUUUUCGGGUUUUUAGGGAAAAAAUCAUUAUAAGAAGGGGCUUAAAAAUGGGAAGUUGGGAUUGUGCAGAAAAUUAUAUUUGCCCAAAAGUGACUAAGAUGGAGUCUGUAAUUGGCCACAGAAUAGCCUAUGGUUGUGAAGGGGUUCUAAGAGGCCAGCAACACAUAAUAAGCAAAAUAUUAUCCAAGUAUCCCUAGCAAUAUGUCACUAGAGGAUGGUAACAAGGUUUAGCUAGUCUAGAAUAGCAAAUAUUAUAGAAUACUAUGUUUUUUUGGUUAAGAUUCCACUGAAUUUGCUGGAUGAGUUUAACAACCCUUCAAAGUUAUCAGAGGAAAAAGCACCCGUGUUAAGUGCAAGGUGAGUGUAUUUUGAUAAUUUUUUAAUGAAACAUGGAUUAGUAACCUUGGUGUUAAAGUCAAUCCUGCCUUCAACGGAAUAACAUAUCUUGUUUAUAUUGUUAGCGGACUGGAGUUGACUCACCAGGGAACACCAGUGAAGGGAAACAGCCUGAUCGUUAAGGGUGUGGUGGCCCUUGGUUCUGUACCAUCCCAUGCAGGAAAGGUGAGGGGUUUUUUUGGAAAACAUCUUGGCCGAUUUGAUUCAAUUUCUCGUAAUAAAAUAGAGUACGACGAUAUCAUGAGUAGCCUUCAUGAUUCAAAAUCUCAAACUUACGUUAAAUUUAUCUGAACAGUUUUUUGUUUGUUUGUUUGUUGUUAAAGGAUUUUAAUCUAAAGAUCACCCUACCAGGACUUGAAGAAGGUUCGCAGAGCUUGAAGAUCAGGUUACUUCCAGGUACUCUUUUGACGCGAUAUGUGGGUUGAGUUUGUUGUUGCUCCUCUCCCUUGCUCCGAGAGGUUUUUCCUCCGGGUACCCGGUUUUUACCCCUCCUUAAAAAUCAACACUUUCAAAUUCUAAUUCGAUCUAGAACCCACGGACACGUUUCAUCGAGUUCUUAAGAACUCCUAAGUGGUCCGUGGGUAAUACAAAUCACAAUUUACAAUGUUUACCAGCAUGUAAAUUUUCCUUUAAAAAAAAAAAGAGAGACACUGUCUAAAAAGGAUGCGUUCCUCUGGGUUGAUCGGGAUCAGGAUCAGUGAUCUGGGAUCACUCGGAUCAUGCUACAUCAAAUGAACCAAAGAAUCCUUUUCCAGGGUUGAUUUGUCGGUUCCUUUAAUGUGCUGUGGUCCGAAUGAUCUCUGAUCACUGAUCCUGAUCCGGCUCAUCCCAGUAGAACGCAGCUCACAAGGCAUCGUGGCUCUAGGGUUUUACCGUGACGUGCUCGCCCCCUUCUCACUCCAAUUUUUGACUCACGUCAGCAUGACUGUUUCUGUUUACUGAAACACGUUUUGUGCUGCAGGCCCACCAGAAUCCCUUGCGGUCACACCAAAUGACAGUGAGGUCACCAUUGAAAACAACAGUGCCCUGCAGCUACAAGUGCAGGUCCAGGACAAGGCGGGAAACCUAACAGUUCAACCAAGGCUUAAUGUUGUCUGCAAGGUAACUAUGCUAAUGUUCACCCCGUUGUGAUUUAACUAACUGUGGCGUAAUUGCUCCUUAUUCCUAACAUUAGAACUUCAAUUUUAAAAUGCCGGUUCCAUAACUUUGUUAAGGAGUCAUGAGGCGUUGAGUAUACUCUGUUCAAGCAAAUUGACGAUUGUUAGACGUUCAUUGCAACUACAUAUUUGAAAAUCCCUGAUAGCUCUGAGCUUUGGAGAAUACACAAAGAACCUCAUAGCUUGUUUCCCACAUACGGUAGACUGUUCGUAUUAUUUUAUUGUAGGCAAGCUAAAUAUAAUCUACAUUUACUGCUGUCUCGAGCCCCGUGAAUAUCAGCUUGACCUUGCUGAAGUUUUAGAACCAAAAUUUGAUCAGAAACUUCACCUGCAGUACACUGUGUAUGGAGAAUAACAAAUCAACUAUAAUUUUCCAUGGUCUAUUCCCUUGUCGAUCAUAGAAAUGACGUCAAAAUGUUCAAACACGAGCCGAAGGCGUGCUGCAAAGUUUUGAACUUUUAAUGUCAUUUCUAUGGUCGUUAAUUGUACCGACCAUGAAAAAUUGUCAUUAUUUUUUUCGAUAACACUGAUGUCCAUUUCUGAUGAUGUUUCUUGGGAAAUCAUAUUUAUUUGUUUGUUUUAAUUUUUUUUUAACAAAAAGGUACAUUGAGGGCGGCUGCCAUCUUAAAAGCAAUGUCCCAGAUGGCAGGAGAUCAUUUAUAGUAUCAUCGUUCGCAGUGCAAAAUACACCUACUUUGCAGUUUACAAUCGACGACAAAAUUGUUGAGACAUUAUCCUCAAAUGGGAUAACCUCGGAGAACAAAACAAUCUGUACCCCUCCCCCAUCCCGUCGAUUCAAAGUUGGGGUUUUUUGUUUUCAACAGAUAGCUCGAACAGCGGUACAACGUUGCAUGGAGGGGGUCAGAGAGGCCCUUUAGGGCAAAGCGUCUCAACUAAUUUUGUGGCCGAUUAUAGGGAAAUCGCGCGAGAGAGAAAGAAAAAAAAUAUAUAACGCCAUCUUCACUUCAUUUCCGAGUCUCAUCGAGCACAGCUCUCGACCAAUCAGCGUGUGAAAAAUCGCUUUGUUAUUGUAAAACUUGAAUUUGAUAAGAAACAACUACGUGUGUUGUAGCUGACAGGCACACCAGGCUUACCAACUUACAUAGGAGACUGCAGUGCAUCUGGGAAGGCCUCCCUAACAGGCGCUGACAUCAGUCUGAAGCAGAUCACCAAGGAAACCAAACUAAAGGCCAAGAUAGAGUUACAGGUUUGUCGUUUGAUUAGGGAAAUGGUGAUGGUCCCUUUUGGCUUUGGUACCAGAGACCUUUAGAUUCAAGAACGAGGACGACUACUAGUGCGAGAUUUGACUUAAAGUUUUUUCGCGUAUUCUCAAAAUAUAGACUCCCCGGAAAGCUUUAUUUUAACAUUUUUCACUAGAAACGUUAGCGCUGUUAUCUUUAGUAAAGGAGGUUACGCGCUCUUUCAAUCCCAAAGUAAUAAAACUUCCAACAUUUGGUAACUUGUUUUCGUCACCACGACAUUCGCGCUAGAAUUCUUAGUAGAGUGACGACGGCUACCACGUUUUCCCGCCAAAAUGAGGCUGGUUCACGCGCAAGCCCUACUUUGUAUUGAGAAAAUCUCGUACUCGUCUUAGAAUCUAAACCUCUCUACAAUCACCCUACGAGCAGAGCCUACUUUUUUCCUCUUAAGUGAGGAGGAAGAAAAGGAGGUUCUGUCUGAUUCCCGUGAUCCCAGUGAAGUCGCUGAAGCCAGAACAUCUGGACCAGUCAAUCUUGUUCUCUAUCGUCAAACUGGUUUUCCAAGUGCGACCAACCGUUUAUUGAUGAAGCGAUGGCCAUACCUAAACCCACUGUACCGUGUGCACAGCUUUUAGGCCUGGGUUCAAAAAAGUUUAUCAGCAACAAUUACCUCAUGUACAACAACAAGCUUACUCGAUUUGUGCGGAAUCUUUCUCAAAUACGCCAAAAUCGAGAAAGUUAAAGGAAGGCACUGUCAGCAGGGUGUGAUGCGUAGUCGUAAAGUUCUUACUUUACAUCUUUAAAUUGUAUCUGGGCUUGGCUGACCAACACCCCGAACCUUAGCAUGUUUGUUUGUCGUUUUUGUAAAACACACAACAGUAGCCCUGAUUUAGUGACUGGUAAUGAUCUUUUAGCAUCAUAAAGAGGUUGCAGCAGUGGAAAAGACCAUUAUUGUGACACCCAGUAGUAAAGCAGCAGAGCUGGAAGUGUUUUACAAAUUUCCUGAUGCGAAACAGAAGAAGAAGCUGGACGAUGGACAUGAGCUGCCUUGCACAGCAGGAAACACACUUACUGGACUGAGUAUGUGAUAAACCACAAAUCAGUGUACUUAGUUUGAUAUGAUUUUUUCGCCCUUGUUAGCCUUAAGUUGCGUAGGGAAUUAGUGUAGGUAAUAGCAUGAUUUGUAGUGAUAUUUGGCAUAAAUACCACUAAUGAAAUUUGAGACUACUUUGAAAUAUCACGAGUGGUAUUUAUGACAAAUAUCACGUACAAAGCUUCAGGCUUAGAAAAGAGAAAAAAUGGGUUUGAAAAGAGGAAAGGCAUUUAGGUGCACCAAAUUGCCACUCCUUAUCAUAGAGGCAUGACCACAUCAGCUAAAAAUUAGGAAGUUUAUGUAACGAUAAAUAAUAAGAAACGAGCAAUCAAUAGGUUUUGCCUUAACUGAACUCGAUAUUAACGACACGUCACACUUUUUGGUGCAAACGCAAAGGUAUUUCCGGUCGUCGCUUCUCUCCACCCGAACAGGAAACACGUCUGCGUUCGCCCGCUAUCCUUUGCAGAACUCUAACGCGAAAUUUCCCGCGAACUUAAAUGGGGGCACGAACAUAUGAAGAUACAUUUUCCUCUCUUUAUAACUUGGGAGUGGUCCCUUACAAUGUGUCCUUAGGAACAUUGGUCAUGAGCAAGUUGCUAUCACGAUUAAGUUUGAAAGAUCGAGUCUUCACUGUACUGGUGACGCCUUCGUAGUUACUUAAACUGUCCAUUCGCCUCCUUAGAAACGAGAAGGGGAUUUGAGCCCAUACGUGUCCCGCAAAUGUUUCUAGGAUUGUUACUGGGGACGCGACCGUCAGCUAUUGGCCAAUUUUUUUCCCCUGUUGUCAGUAGCAGUACAGAAGUCUUUGCGAACGUCAACUUGGUCUAGUUUCCUUCUCAGUGUGUAUCAGUCAAUUUUCUUCUUUUGUUGGUGUAGUUCAAUUUGCAGUCACAUUUUAUCUUCUGCCAGCUGUCAGUGUCACGACCUGGUUUCCUCCAAAGUUGGUUAAAUGUAACCCAGCCUAGCCUUUUUCUCGUCAUUAGGGACCUUACGAAACCACGACGACGACGGCAACGGGAACGUAAAAAAACAAUAGGUUUAAUGAGCAAAACAACAACUCUGCACGUGCAUCACGCUUUUUUGUACAUUUCUUUGCCUUUACUGCAUAACUACGGCGUGAAAUAACCAUAUUUUAAGUUUACUUGGGAACGGGAACGGCAAGGCGAUAAAUUCUACCAUCUCUGUCCGAACUUGAACGCGUUCCCCUCUCUUCAGCUCCAGCCAAAAUCCCCUUCUUUUAAGUAACAGGGCGAAUUGGGAUAAUCGCGAAAAAGUUUGAAAUGACGCGAAGUCUGUUUUUCAGCGACGUUUUCAUGGAAGUCGCCGUUGUCGGAUCAUAUCAGGGACCUUAAGAUCCGACGACGGCGACGGCAACGGGAACGCUACAAAAGCAAUAGGUUUAAUUAGCAAAACAACAAUUUUGCACGUGCAUCACGCUUUUUUGUACAUUUCUUUGCCGUCAUUGCACGACUACGACGUGAAAAUGCCUAAUGUCACGAUGUACAGAGGAAGUACACAAGCGACGACGAGAUUUCCUCUCUCU